AUGCAACAAAAAAUUAAUUCCAUCCUAUUUUAUAAAUUAUCUGCGCUUAUCCUUUUAAUUUGGAUAUGUCAUUUUUAUUGUCAUAUAGGUACUAUUAACAUAUCAUUGGAUGAGGACUUGACACCAUGUCGAAGAUUAUAUACAAGAAGUUAUCGUUUACUAGCAAAAUAUAAACAGAAUAAGGAUUCGAUUAUUUUAGAUUUAAAAGAUGAAAAACCAUUCAAUGGAGAGGGGGAAAAAGGAAAAAACAAACAUUCUAAUAGAAGGCCACUAAAUAAGGCGCAAUACUAUACAGAAGUUAUAGAUUAUAAUAAUAGUAUGUUUGACGGUAAACACUUCCAUUUUGAAAGAAAAUUAGUUAAAAAAAAGGACUAUGAUGAUUUUCUUGAAAAAAAGAGAAGAAUUUGUAAUAUAGCUUUAAAAAAAAUAAAAUUUAAGAAUUAUGGAUUUGGAGUUAGUAUAUUUUCCCUUUUCUUCUUUUUGGGAAUAGGAUUACCAAUAUUACAAGCAUUUAACUACUUGAAAACUGCAGGAGAUUGGAUUAAAGAUUCAUUAUUUUUGAGCGGGGCAUGGACUGCAGUUGAAACUGCCUUGGGUGGAGCAAAAGAACAUUUUUUUCUAAUAUCAUUUGUAACACUGAUUAUUAUAUUGUCUGUUAUAGUUCUAAUAGCGUUAUAUAAAAUCCUAAAAAAUAAUGAAAACUAUAAAAAAAUUAAGUUAAUGGCUGAUUUAAAUGAUUAA